UGUUGUAACAGAACGGCCUGGGAGUGGGAGGACUUUGCUGGGACAUCGAACGAAACUCAACGACAGCACGAAAAUAACAACUCACAUUUAUUUUUACGGGGGUUCUUCAAGUGACCCAUGGCGGUAAGUGUUCACAAUUUACAUUACCAUCGAUUUCAUAGAAUAAUUUAUGCUAGCUGUUUCUAUUUUAAAGAUGUUUUGUUUAAUCAAGAUGGCGUCUCUGGCCGUGGCCUGCUAACGUGUCGCGUUUGCCAGUUGGUAGCUAUGUCGUGUUGAUUUCGGAAAUAAAUGGAAAUUCUACUUGAUUUGUAUUGGUCGAAAUCGGAUUCUGUUACUGUUAGCUAGCUACCUACCUAAGUUAACGUUAACUAACGUAUCUAUGUACCUUGAGUUGCGCAUUCUUUGGCAAACUAGCUAACGUAGCUACCUAACGACGUUAGUUAUGGUGUUUUCACACUUUGUCCCUCUCAGCCAAUUUUUGUGAACUCAUUGCGGUUCGCUUAAUUUUUUGUGCAGUGAGAACACUCCAAAUGAACUCAGACCCUUCAAAAGAGCCCCCGAAGCGAACCGAGCUGAGGCCAUCUCGAGAGGUGGUCUAAGUUCGGUUAGCUGGAAUUCCGCGGCCCGGUUCUCUUUUUUUUUAGGGCAAUGUGAACACAAAGCGCCCCAAGUUUCGCUUGUCAUUAUUCCCGCACCACACACUAGACUACUGCAACACCGUUUCCCCUGCCAUAGCCCUCACAUUGGUGCCACAAAAGAGAGAAAAUGAUCAUUACAUUUUUACAUUUUAGUCAUUUAGCAGACGCUCUUAUCCAGAGCGACUUACAGUUAGUGAGUGCAUACAUUAUUUUUUAAUUUUUUCAUACUGGCCCCCCGUGGGAAUCGUACCCACAACCAUGGCUUUGCUCUACCAACUGAGCUACAUCCCUGCAGGCCAUUCCCUACCCUGGAUGACGCUGGGCCAAUUGUGCAUCACCCCAUGGGUCUCCUGGUCGCGGCUGGCUACGACAGAGCCUGGAUUCGAACCAGGAUCUCUAGUGGCACAGCUAGCACUGCGAUGCAGUGCCUUAGACCACUGCGCCACUAAAUCAUGUGCAGGUUUGCGGAAAAUGUUGUGCUCUAUAGGCUAUGCGAACUUCAUAAGCUGUUUAUUCGAUUGUGGGGUUUGAAUAGUGUGAGAAGACAACAUAUUUUUCUAUUUCACCUGUAUUUAACCAGGUAAGCCAGUUGAGAACACGUUCUCAUUUACAAUUGCGACCUGGCCAAGAUAAAGCAAAGCAGUGCGAUAAAAACAACAACACAGAGUUACAUAUGGAAUAAACAAAACGUACAGUCAAUAACACAAUAGAAAAUAGAAAAUAUAUAUACAGUGUGUGCAAAUGUAGUAAGUUAUGGAGGUAAGGCAAUAAAUAGGCCAUAGUGCAAAAUAAUUACAAUUUAUUAUUAACACUGGAGUGAUAGAUGUGCAGAAGAUGAUGUGCAAAUAGAGAUACUGGGGUGCAAAUGAGCAAAAUAAAUAACAAUGUAAAUAACAACAUGGGGAUGAGGUAGUUGGGUGGGCUAAUUACAGAUGAGCUGUGUACAGGUACAGUGAUCGUAAGCUGCUCUGACAACUGAUGCUUAAAGUUAAUGAGGGAGAUAAGUGUCUCCAGCUUCAGAGAUUUUUGUAGUUCGUACCAGUCAUUUGCAGCACUGGAAGGAAUGGCGGCCAAAGGAGGUGUUGGCUUUGGGGAUGACCAGUGAGAUCUACCUGCUGGAGCGCAUACUACGGGUGGGUGUUGCUAUGGUGACCAAUGAGCUAAGAUAAGGCGGGGAUUUGCCUAGAAGUGAUUUAUAGAUGACCUGGAGCCAGUGGGUUUGGUGACGAAUAUGUAGUGAGGGCCAGCCAACGAGAACGUACAGGUCACAAUAGUGGGUAGUAUAUGGGACUUUGGUGACAAAACGGAUGGCACUGUGAUUGACUACAUCCAAUUUGCUGAGUAGAGUGUUGGAAGCUAUUUUGUAAAUGACAUCGUCGAAGUCAAGGAUCGGUAGGAUAGUCCGUUUUACGAGGGCAUGUUUAGCAGCAUGAGUGAAGGAGGAUUUGUUGCGAAAUAGGAAGCCGAUUCUAGAUUUAACUUUGGAUUGGAAAUGCUUAAUGUGAGUCUGGAAGGAGAGUUUACGGUCUAAACAGACACCUAGGUAUUUGUAGUUGUCCACACAGCGUUCGAUUGAAGAGCAUGCAUUUAGUUUUACUAGCGUUUAAGAGCAGUUGGAGGCUACUGAAGGAGUGUUGUAUGGCAUUGAAGCUUGUUUGAAGGUUUGUUAAUAGUGUCCAAUGAAGGGCCAGAUGUAUACAAGAUAGCAUAGAGGUGGAUCUGAGAGUCACCAGCAGCAAGAGCGACAUCAUUGAGAUACACAGAGAAUAGAGUCUGCCCGAGAAUUGAACCCUGUGGCACCCCCAUAGACUGCCAGAGGUCCAGACAACAGGCCCUCCGAUUUGACACAUUGAACUCUAUCUGAAAAGUAGUUGGUGAACCAGGCGAGGCAGUCAGUUGAGAAACCAAGGCUAUUUAGUCUGCCAAUAAGAAUGCAGUGAUUGACAGAGUCAAAAACCUUGGCCAGGUCGAUGAAGACGGCUGCACAGUACUGUCUUUUAUCAAUCGCGGUUAUUAUAUCGUUUAUGACCUUGAGCGUGGCUGAGGUGCACCCAUGACCAGCUCGGAAACCAGAUUGCAUAGCGGAGAAGGUACGGUGGGAUUCGAAGUGGUCGGUGAUCUGUUUGUUAACUUGGCUUUCAAAUACUUUCGAAAGGCAGGGUAGGAUGGAUAUAGGUCUGUAACAGUUUGGAUCUAGUGUCACCCCCUUUGAAGAGGGGGAUGACCGCGGCAGCUUUCCAAUCUCUGGGGAUCUCAGACGAUACAAAAGAGAGGUUGAACAGGCUAGUAAUAGGGGUUGCGACAAUUUCGGCUGCUAAUUUAAAGGGUCCAGAUUGUCUAGCCCAGCUGAUUUGUAGGGGUCCAGAUUUUGCAGCUGAAUUUGGGUGAAGGAGAAGCGGGGGGGCAUGGGCAAGUUGCAGCGGAGGGUGCAGAGCUGGUGGCCGGGGUAGGGGUAGCCAGGUGGAAAGCAUGGCCAGCCGUAGCAAAAUGCUUAUUGAAUUUAUCGGUAGUGACAGUGUUUCCUAGCCUCAGUGCAAUGGGUAGCUGGGAGGAGGUGCUUUUAUUCUCCAUGGACUUUAGUGUCCCAAAACUUUUUGGAGUUCGUGCUACAGGAUGCACAUUUCUGUUUGAAAAAGCAAGCCUUUGCUUUCCUAACUGAUUGUGUAUAUUGGUUCCUGACUUCCCUGAAAAGUUGCAUAUCGCGGGGGCUGUUCGAUACUAAUGCAGUACGCCACAGGAUGUUUUUGUGCUGGUCAAGGGCAGUCAAGUCUGAGGAGAACCAGGGGCUAUAUCUGUUCUUAGUUCUGAAUUUUUUGAAUGGGGCAUGCUUAUUUCAGAUGGAGAGGAAAGCACUUUUGAAGAACAUCCAGGCAUCCUCUAAUGACGGAAUGAGGUCAAUAUCCAUCCAGGAUACCCGGGCCAGGUCAAUUAGAAAGGCCUGCUCGCUGAAGUGUUUUAGGGAGCGUUUGACAGUGAUGAGGGGUGGUCGUUUGACCACGGACCCCAUUACGGACACAGGCAACGAGGCAGUGAUCGCGGAGGUCCUGGUUGAAGACAGCGGAGGUGUAUUUAGAGGGUAAAUUAGUCAGGAUGAUAUCUAUGAGGGUGCCCAUGUUUACGGAUUUAGGGUUGUACCUGGUAGGUUCCUUGAUCAUUUGUGUGAGAUUGAGGGCAUCUAGUUUAGAUUGUAGGACGGCCCGGGGUGUUAAGCAUAUCCCAGUUUAGGUCACCAUGCAAUACGAACUCUGAGGAUAGAUAGGGGGCAAGCAAUUCACAUAUGGUGUCCAGGACACAACUGGGGGCUGAGGGGGGGUCUGUAGCAAGCGGCAACAGUGAGAGACUUAUUUCAGUGAAAUAGUACAAUAACAACUAACCCAAACAGCAAUAGGCUAGGCAUAUUGACAUGGGAGAGAGGCAUAACGCAAUCACAGGUGUUAUUCGAGAGGGCUAAGACAACAACUGGUAAUGGCGACGAAAGUUUGGGCUGAGGCUAAACAGAUCAACAGGAUGGGGUACCGUGUAAAGGAACAGUCCAGCGGGCAUCAGAUGUGUAGCUAAGUGAGCAUAAGGUCCAGUGAACAGCAAUAGGUAAGUCCGGGAGCAGUUCGUAGGCUGCUACAGCCCAAUGUAGGUACUUGUUAAGAAUCACAGAGUACAACAUCUAUUCUAGCUCUUAAAGGGGCAGUAGCCUACAUUGGGUGUACAAUUUUCAAUUACAGCAUUAUUUAAUCUGCAGGUAUUCUUUAAAAAAAACCUUUAUUUAACUAGGCAAGUCAGUUAAGAACAAAUUCUUAUUUACAAUGACGGCCUACACCGGCCAAACCCGGACAACGCUGGGCCAAUUGUGCGCCGCCCUAUGGGACUCCCAAUCAUGGCCGGUUGUGAUACCGCCUGGAAUCGAACCAGGGGGUCUGUAGUGACGCCUCAAGCACUGAGAUGCUUAGACCACUGUGCCACUAAUAUUUACAUGUUAAUAGUAUCUUCUGAUUACAAUUAUGUCUCACCUUUUAACUAAAUGCAAUCUAUUAGCUUCCAAAGUAUAAGUAGGUACACUACAUGACCAAAAGUAUGUGGACACCUGCUCGCCAAACAGUUCAUUCCCAAAAUCAUAGGUAUUAAUAUGGAGUUGGUCCCCCCUUUGCUGCAUUAACAGCCUCCACUCUUCUGGGAAGGCUUUCCACUAGAUGUUGGGACUUGCAGAAAUUUGACAAACUGACUUGUUGGAAACAGUGAUGGUGCCACGUUGAAAGUCACUGAGCUCUUCAGUAAGGCCAUUAUACUGCCAAUGUUUGUCAAUGAAGAUUGCAUGGCUUUGUACUAGAUUUCUUUCACCUGUCAUCAACGGGUGUGGCUGAAAUAGCAGAAUCCAGUCAUUUGAAGGGGUGUCCACAUACUUUUGUGUGUGUGUAUAUUUACAUUUUAGUCAUUUAGCAGACGCUCUUAUCCAGAGCGACUUACAGUUAGAUAUAGUUUAUAUGGUAUAUCUAGCUGUCCAAUAACACAUUCUGAUGGAAUGGCUUGUCCUGCACUUGGUAAAAACCCACAGUGCAUUGAGUGAAUGUUGGAAAAAUAUAUUGGUUCCUUUCUAAACAUAGCAAUGUGAAUGCAAAGAGGACUCGUACCACAAAAUAGGUGAAGUGAACUGGCAAAAGAGUUGAGUCCUCAUUCAAAGGCAAGGGCAGUGUGAAUACAAAGAGAACUCAGACCUUGAUGUUUUUUUUACCCCAGAGUUCACAUUAAAGAGGACUGAGAUCUGUUCUUUUAAAGAGGACUAUAUGUGAAAACACCCUUAAUUAACUUAGCUAGCUAACGGUAGCAAUGAUGUUGUUUUGCCACCUGCAGCCUCCAUUUUUAUCUAACCAGAUGCCCAUCAGGUACUUGAAUAGGUGUUGGUUGGGUUGACUUAGUGCAAACGCCUGCAUAUCCGGUACCUAUCCAGGAGGAGGGUUGGUAACUUCGGAGACAAUUAGCUAAUGUUAGCUAUUUAGCUACUACCACAAAUCUAUGUUAGGCAAUCUUUAGCGAAUCAAAGUCAGUGUAAGGGCCCAGUUGGUGUGACUGAUGAGUAACCUUGCCUGAGACCUGAAAACUAGUGUUGGCCCUCGGAAUUAAUGUCUUUAGCUCAGUGGGAUAACACAGCCACUUGAGUCAUCAUUCAGCUUCCCUAGAAGGUAGUGGUGCCGGUGGGGAUGCUGUUUUGUGCUGAAACAUUGUCUUCCCGUAGUGCUGCUUAAAGAACCAAUAAACUGUAAGGUUGAUCAGUGUCAGUGUGUUUACUUUAAUUUAGGCAAGUGAUGCUGAUUCGACCAACCUGCUACCCUUGAUGGGAUCUCUUUACACGGACAGAAGAAAACACACUAUGGAAUCCUCCAAAUCAUCCAGAAGCUCCAAACACCAUCCUUCACGAUCGAGGUCACACUCCAGGGACCGAAAACGCAAAUCAAGUGAGUUAAAUGCACUAAAUUUGGUAACUCAUAAUGUUGUUUGUAGUUUUGGUAAUACAUUUUUGUUAACUUCACUUGGUAACUCACAUCCCAGAAACUGGUCAUCGUUUGGAUUUGACGUAAGCUUAGAGCAGCUGUACCGUGUUGAUAGAACAGUCCAAAAUAGUCAAGCACUACAGGUGACUCGUCGGAGUCAACCCUAAUUUAAUAGUGCAGUGGAAUUUGGUCACUGUUCUCAUCGAUUUGUUUUGUUACUUUUACAGGUGUCAAAAAGCACAGACGAAGUCGCAGCAGGAGCGAAGAGGUAACUAAUCUUAGUUAAUUUUAGUGAACUAAAAGUAGGCUGCAGUAUUGUCACCAUCUUGAAUGUCAAUAGUGUCUUUCUUUUUUUUGACCAUGGUAAGUACCAAACCACACUAGGCUAUGAAACCUGAUUCAAAGCUUAUUAAGAGACUUAAUGGAAUUACUUAAAUGGAAAAACUGACAUGUUUUUAAAAAUUUAUUUUGAUAUGUCUCGUUAACUUAUCCUUCUUGGUCACUUGAGUGUAGCCAUAGUAGAUGGUGAAGAAUAUAUACAGUGCCUUCGGAAAGUGUGAUGACCUCUUGACUUUUUCCACAUUUUGUUACAUUACAGCCUUAUUCUAAAAUUGAUUAAAUAAAUAAAAAUCCUCAGCAAUCUACACACAAUACCCCAUAAUGACAAAUCGAAAAUAGGUUUUUAGAAAAUAGAAAUACGUUAUUUACAUAAGUAUUCAGACCCUUUGCUAUGAGACUCAUUGUUCAGGUGCAUCCUGUUUCCAUUGAUCAUCCUUGAGAUGUUUCUACAACUUGAUUAGAGUCCACCUGUGGUAAAUUCAAUUGAUUGGACAUGAUUUGGAAAGGUACACACCUGUCUAUAUAAGGUCCCGCAGUUGACAGUGCAUGUCAGAGCAAAAACCAAGCCAUGAGGUCGAAGGAAUUGUCCGUAGAGCUCAGAAACAGGAUUGUGUCAUGGCACAGAUCUGGGGUAGGGUACCAAAACAUGUCUGCAGCAUGGAAGGUCCCCAAGAACACAGUGGCCUCCAUCAUUCUUAAUGGAAGAGGUUUGGAACCACCAAGACUCUUCCUAGAGCUGGCUGCCCGGCCAAACUGAGCAAUCGGGGGAGAAGGGCCUUGGUCAGGGAGGUGACCAAGAACCUGAUGGUCACUUUGACAGAGCUCUAGAGUUCCUCUGUGGAGAUGAGAGAACCUUCCAGAAGGACAACCAUCUCAACAGCACUCCACCAAUUAGGCCUUUAUGGUAGAGUGGCCAGACGGAAACCACUCCUCAGUUAAAGGCACAUGACAGCCCACUUGUAGUUUGCCAAAAGGCACCUAAAGACUCUCAGACCAUGAGAAACAAGAUUCUCUGGUCUGAUGAAACCAAGAUUGAACUAUUUGGCCUGAAUGCCAAGUGUUACGUCUGGAGGAAACCUGGCACCAUCCCUACGGUGAAGAAUGGUGGUGACAGCCUCAUGCUGUGGGGGUGUUUUUCAGCGGUAGGGACUGGGAGACUAGUCAGGAUCGAGGAAAGGAUGAACAGAGCAAAGUACAGAGAGAUCCUUGAUGAAAACCUACUCCAGAGCGCUUAGGACCUCAGACUGGGGAGAAGGUUCACCUUCCACCAGGACAACGACUCUAAGCACACAGCCAAGACAACGCAGGAGUGGCUUUGGGACAAGUCUCUGUAUGUCCUUGAGUGGCCCAGCCAGAGCCCGGACUUGAACCCUAUCUAACAUCUUUGGAAAGACCUGGAAAUAGCUGUGCAGCAACGUUCCCCAUCCAACCCGACAGCUUGAGAGGAUCUGCAGAGAAGAAUGGGAGAAACUCCCCAAAUACAGGGGUGCCAAGCUUGUAGCGUCAUACCCAAGAAGACUCAAGGCUGUAAUUGCUUCCAAAGGUGCUUCAACAAAGUACUGAGUAAAGGGUCUGAAUACUUAUGUAAAUGUGAUAUUUCUGUUUAUUGUUUUUUAAUAAAUUAGCAAACAUUUCUAAACCUGUUUUUGCUUUGUCAUUAUGGGGUAUUGUGUGUAGAUUGAUGAGGGGAAAAAAACAAUUUAAUCAAUUUCAGAAUAAGGCUGUAACCUAACAAAAUCUAGAAAAAGUCAAGGGGUCGGAAUACUUUCCGAAUGCACUGUAUAUGAGAUUUUUGAUAAAUCCUGUGUGUAGAUCACAUGAUAACAUUUCUACAAUAAAUCAUACUCAGCGUGCUAAAGCACGAAGAGACACUGAACUGAAGACGCUGCUGACAUAGCAAAAUUAUAUGCCUACUACUCGGACAGGUAACUAUCAGCCAUUCAAACUCAUACUUGCCUCCUAGAAAAUUAUUGCAAAUAAAGGAAAUUAACAUUAGGCUUUUACUGGGUUCAAUUGCCAAUUACUGGGUUUAUUUCAAGCUGCAUUGUUUUUGCAAUUACUCAAAGUCAAAAAAGUCUGCUGGCAGUAACCUUAUUAAUCCAAAUUCAUUCUUAGCCUACCUUUUGAAAUCUUCCUGGCUGCAUGCACAUGUAGAUAGGGGAGGGAAUUAAGUGCUGAACUAAAACGUAUGUAUUAAAGCUGUCUCAGAGGUGAUGAUCCACGGUAACCUACAUUGAGUUUUGGGUACUAUAUAAGGCGUUUAAUACAUGUGCCUUCCAUAAUAUGAUUGAAACAAAACUAAGUAGGUGGUAGACUUGACAAAACCUUAACAAAACUUAUGCGCUACAAGUUGGGGUAUGUGUCUUGGUACAUUGGAGGGAAAUUAAUUUUCAAAUAUCUCUCCAGUUACACUCAAACAGUAGAGGAAAAAAAGCAUUUAAACAAACAGUUAAAAAGUGGACCGACAGUGUAGCUCCGUCAAACUGUUUUGGUUUCUGGUGAUCAGUCUUUCUAAAUAUGAGGGGAAGGUAUGUCUAAAGUGAGCAAGAGUUCUCAACAUGCUUUGGUAUCUUCUGUAUCAAACCGUUGUACUAACUCUCUUUGUUGCACUAUUUUCCUGAAAGAGACACCUUCUUCUUAAAACAGGCACAAAGGAGGGUGUCUGAGAAGCCAUCAAAAUCUCACAGCAAGCCGGAUGAUCAGCCGGAGCAGACUGAGAGGGGCAGGGAGAGACUUUCUGCAGAGAAUGGGGAGGAGCGACACCGGCGCAAAGACAAGAAGGGACGGAGCCACUCCAGGUCACACUCACGGGACAGGUGGGUCUAGGCUCAGUGAGAUGCUACAUGAUGUCUUGAUAUGUAUUGAGAUUGGUCACAGUAAACUGGGGAGAGUGAGUUGCAUGUUUUCUUUUAUAAGAAUAAAACAUGUAUUUUUGUACGGUUUUAGACGUCGCAGCAGAAGUCGGGACAAACGGAGAUCGCGGUCCCCGCGGGAGAAGAAGAAGAGGGCCAGGUCCCGGUCGGGUUCAAAGACCAAACACCGCCGCAAAAGCAGGUGGGUUUCGCUUGCUUCUCUCCCAACCAUUGUCUGUUUGUCUUUAGUAACCACUCCUGUGUGCCUCAAAUUUGCCACUCUUUGUAAGUUAGUAACCAUGUGUCUGUUAAAUUGUGUUGUGUGUGACUGAAUGCAUAUCUUUCUGUGGACCUUGAAAUGCUAUAAUGUCUCUUUUAGGGAGCGGAAGAAGAAGACAGAGAAAGUGCACAGAAAAGAGAAGAGUCGUAGCAGAUCUGUGAGCCCCCAGGCUUUCCGGGGCAGAAACACUGCCAUGGAUGCACAAGAGGCCCUGGCCAGAAGGUACCGCAGCAUCUUAGGAUGUUUUCACACUUGGUCCCUUUCAGCACAAUUUUGUGAACUCAGUGUGGUUUUGCUUAAUAUUUUGUGCUGUGUGAACACUCCAAAGGAACUCAGACCUCUCAAAAGAGCCCCCCGAUUCAAACCGAACAGAGACCAUCUCGAGAGGUGGUCUGAGUUCGGUUCGCUUGAAUUCUGCCGGCCCGGUUCUAUUGUGAACACAAAGCUCCCCAGGUUCGCUUGUCAUUAUUCCGGCACCGCACUAGACUACUGCAACACCGUUUCCCCUGCCAUAAACUCUCACAUUGGUGCCACAAAAGAGAGAUGAUGAUGUGCAGCUUUGCAGAGAAAAGUUUUCUGUUUUUGGAUAUUGAUUAGCGAUUGUCAAGGAUGCACAGAAAUUCCAAAAUGUGUGGAGUUUUUAGUUCAGUUUAUUUGUUUGCAAUAUGUGAUCUAUAGGCUAAGAGAGUGUCAUAAACUGUUUAUUGAUUGUGGGGUUUUAAUAGUGUGAGAAGAUGACAUAUUUGGUGAGAAUCAGAACAUAGGGUACAAAAUAUAUUCUAGCUCUUAAAGGGGCAGUAGUAAAAUGUUCAGUUACAUCAAUAUUUAAUCUGCAGUUAUUCUAUUGCUAUUUAUUCUCUUACCAAUAAUAUUUACAUGUUAACCCUUAGCCUACAACGAAUAAACAUAAUAGAAAAUCCCCAUCAAAAUCUGUCUGUUUAAACUAGAGAUAUGUAUUUUUGCAUGGGCUGCGUCUCAAUCCACCACAUCCGCAGAUAUCGCCCUUCUGCAUCUGCGGUGAAAGGUGGCAGAGCUAGAGCGGUGUUUGUAAGACCAUGUCUUCUCACAAAAACGUCUGCAGCGUUAUCUUAUAUCUCUGAGUUCUUUUGCUUUUUUUAUUUACCCCAGAGUUCACUUUAAAGAGGACUGAGAUCGAUUCUUUUAAAGAUGACUAUAUGUGAAAACACCCUUAGAGGUACUGCGAGGCUCAUGAUUAGUUUCUUGAGUAUCUCGAUUAGAUAGUGGACAAUCUAUCAUUCUGCUCCUAAAGCCUGGCUGACAAAUAUGAACACCCUUCACUCUGCUCUAUAUCUCCAGGUUGGAAAGGGCAAAGAAACUGCAAGAGCAGAAAGAAAAAGAGAUGUUGGAGAAACAGCAGCAUCAGGAGGUACCUGCAGGUGAGACACUCCUCGGCUAUCAAUUGCAUUUCAAAUUGAGUUAAACCAUAGAAGCUGGUCACUAACCUUGUUUUUUGUAUCGUUUUUAGUUCCAGCCCCCCUGCUGUCUGACACAGUAGUAGUUGCCGCUGCAGUUGCUACCAACCCUGUCCUCAACGUGGCAGCUCUCCUGGCCUCUGGGACCCAGGUCACGCCCCAGAUCGCCAUGGCAGCGCAGAUGGCAGCCCUACAAGCCAAAACCUUAGCAGAGACUGGCAUUGCUGUGCCCAGCUAUUACAAUCCCUCUGCUGUCAACCCCAUGAAGUUUGCUGAGCAGGAGAAGAAAAGGAAGAAGCUCUGGCAGGGAAAGAAGGAAGGGGUAAGAUUUUAUUUUUGAAUUCCUUGUACAGUAAACAGAAAAUGUAGUGCAAUAAGUCUAUGCUGUUUAUUAUUUGAUGGAGCAGAUUAUCUUUACUGUGCUUUGUUAUGUCCGGAAUGUACAACUAGUGACUUAAUGAAAAGAAAACGUUUGGAGAAAAACAUGCAACUCCGCUCAUGGUGGCUCGAUUGUUGCAAAUUACUAAUACAUUCAAAUUGUUUGGUUUUGAAGGACAAGUCCCAGACAGCUGAGUUGUGGGAGAAGCUGAACUUUGGAAAUAAGGACCAAAAUGUUAAAUUUCGUAAACUGAUGGGCAUCAAAGUAUGUAUAACAGUGUCCUUUUAUUUUCUCAGUUGAAUGUGUACCAUGCUGCGCAGCGCCUUGUAUUUCUAACACUGUGAUGUCUGUCCUGCCAGGGGGAAGAGGAAGGUGAGGCCUCAAAGCCACUAAACGACCAAGGCCUGAAGACCCUGCAGCAGCAGGAGGAGAUGUUCCAUAACCUUGACGUUCAGUACGAGAUGGCCAGGUCCCAGACCCACACUCAGAGAGGCAUGGGACUAGGCUUCGGCUCUUCAUUCUCACGGGGCAUGGACGCCAUCUAAUACUAAACCAUGCACUGACUUGCCCUAGUUUUUUUUUCUUCCUCAUAUAGGUCUCUCCACUCAUAGCUAGCACUCAAGCUUGCAUGGAUGAUGUUGCAUUGGAUCUGUAAUUUAUUUAGGAACAAUCUUAUGUCUUCGAACAUUCCCAUGUAAAUAGAUACUGAGUGUUAAGAAAUCUGUACAUCUUUUCAGAAUGAUGCAAUAGUUUAAUGAGUGAUGCUGGCUGGAUUGAGAUUUCUGUUAGAGAAAUGUGAUUGCAUAUUGUUUUUUACAAAUAUUGUAUACAUUUGUAAUGGUAGAUCAAGUGUCAAAAUAUAGCGUUAUAUCAUAAUCUUUCCAUUUCCUUUCUACUGAAUAGAAACAUAAGUGGAUCAUACUACUAAGAUGUCUACCAGGCAUCCGAUGGUUUCAUGGAAGGAAUUAACAAUAGUGUUACAUAUGUCCUUGAAAUAAAAGUCCC